CGCACAGUACACGAUGAUAUUCAAGCUGCUAUGUUAUUUCCACUUGGCCACUUGUUUGGGAAGUAAUGACAGAAGCAUCAUUGCUCAUCAUAUAACCAAACCAAUCAUUACAAGAGGUUGUCACAAUAUUUCUUUGGAAAGUCACUCUAUUUUGAGAAAGGACUGUUUAGAGGAGAACAAUGUCACCAAUUGUUAUCAAUUCUGUUUCCUCAACCAAUCAGGAUCAACUGUUAAGGCUCUACUCCUGAAGGGAACGGAGUGUGUUUGUUCUUUCGAGACUCUACAUACGUCAUUUGAUACUGCAAAACGCUGCAACGAGAGUUGUCCUGGAAACUCAAACCAAAGCUGCGGCGGUUAUGGUCAUCACACUUAUGCUGUGUAUGAAAUAGUAUACUGUGUUUCCCCCCCAGAAAAUAUCACCAGCAAUGACCAAAAUGCAGGCUGUGGAUUUGUCAAGUUUCAGCUUUAUGAAACAAAUCCGACAUUGAAAUCUGGUGACUGCAACUUGAGAAAAAUGGCAUACUGCACAAUGCUGAACAACGUGGAUGGAACAGUGAUUAAAACAACAAACAUGACGUGGGAUGAGCAUAACAACAAUUGCUCGGGACAUUUGGCUUUUAUUGGGGACACCAAAACUGUACAAUGGAAGUUAGACAAUGCAAUACAGUCAGGUUUUACAUUUUGGGUGGGACAUCGUAUUUGGAAUUAUGUCCCUAUUGAAUUCGAUGAAGCAGAUUCUUCUAAUAACCAUGAUGACACAGAAAGUGAAAUUUUCAUAGAUGAGAUAAACGAAUCUUCUGGUGAUACUGCAGAUUCUUCUAAUGACCAUGAUGGCACAAAGAGAGUAGUUCUCAGAGAUGAGAUAAACAAAUCUGAUGAUGUACCCAGCAGCAUCACCUUGAUCAUAGCUGUGACUGUCCCGGUAGUGGUUCUUAUUGUUAUUUUGUUGGCAGUUGUUUGUAUGAAGAGAAAGAAAGCCAAACUGAACAGCUCGAAACAACAUAAAAAUGUAAGCAGUAAGAAUGCUCCUCAUGAAGGUCAUGAUGUACCCCUUCAGCCAGCAAGAAGUCAAACCCAACAAGACCAGGACUAUGACCACCUACACGGAAAUCCAGCCUCUCUCCACUCAGAUAAUGUGUAUGAUGUGAGCGGACAGUGUACUGAUGGACCCAGUAUUCAGGACAGUAUGUACAACACAAGUAAACAAUGCUCUGGGAAUGAAUUAUACGACUCUAGUGUCUGUAAUCCUCAGAAAUCCGAGUCUGAGAAUAUUAUGAACAGUGAUAUGUACAGCACAAUGAAUAUGCACGAUGGUGGUGAAUAUCCAAAGGACAUUGACUUGUACGAUCACACCAGUUCUAGUGGUCAAAAUAACGACAAAACAGAUAUUUACAAUGAAAUUGACACUUGAUUAAAGACAAUAAAUACUGUAUUUUUGUUUCCUUACUUUUUUUAAUUUAAAAAAAUACUAUUCAAUAAUAAAAAUUUGUAAUGUAAAUGAUUUGAGACUACACCUUUAUAAUUUAU